AUUCUAUCCAUUCUUUUCACCGAAGAGUGUCCAUGUAUUUCCGUCUUUACAGGAGCGGCUGAGAGUGUCUUGAUUCACUGUUUGAUCUGCUGCGGUUCGUUUCUGACUUUACACACUCAAUAAAUCUGUUCAAAGCCGCUGUAAUUCGCAUUAUAUCAUCUGAUCUGCUUCAUUUAACAUCAAGAGACUGUAUUCAACUGUACGUCUGUCCCAAGUGUGACCCGACCAGGAGGAGAAUGUUCUGCGGCCCAUGAUGGGCGGCAGCGGGUCUAAAGGUAAAGGGUACUGGCCGUUCUCUGGUUCGGGUAGCGGGGAUGAACCUGCCAAAGACGGCCAAGAGCAGAGCCUGGCCAGGGUACGGAGCAUUCGAAAUGCGACGCCUUUCGUGUUUACCAGGAGGAGCUCUUUGUACUUCGAUGAGGACGGUGACCUGGCCCAUGAGUUUUAUGAAGAAACGGUAGUAACGAAAAACGGCCGUAAGAAAGCCAAACUAAAACGAAUCCACAAGAAUCUCAUACCUCAGGGAAUCAUCAAGUUGGAUCACCCUUGUAUCCACGUUGAUUUUCCGGUCGUCAUCUGUGAAGCUUGAUGCCGUCGGUGACCUCCUGUGAAGAUUCCGUCCUCCCUCAUUUUCCUCCCGACCGCUGGAUCCUGGACACGCUUGCUGUGAAGCGCCCCCGUGAGUUUGGGAGGGCUCGACGCGUGUAUGUGGAAUCCCGGCAAACAGGCCGCGAGAUGUUCUGGCUGUCUGCCUGAGAAGAGGCUGUGGCCUGGCAAUGAUGUCCUGACUCUUUUCGUUUUCUUGUAAUCCUCCACAUGUGCGUCUUGAAGACUAUUAUGGGCUGUAUGGCCAAGACACUAAGUGUGGUUUGUAUAUGACUGUAUGGCUGUUUGUUUGUUAGUAUAUGACCAUAGAAAUAGAGAAUAUUUAGCGAUGUUUGACUUUUAUCUGGAGCACAUCAUGAAGGACUUUGGAGGACCUUCUAGAACGUUCUGUUUAGAAUUCCGAAGAAGUUCUAGAAGCCCUCAGAAAGAUCAGGUUGCAUUUGAACGCUUUAAUCAGCGGACAUUGUAUAACAAGCAGAGCUUCGCAGAUCGUCAGGAUGCGAUGUUCGUAGAGGUAACGCAGUUAGGGUUAGUACAAAAUAAGUAAAACUACAGCCUGAAUUUUGCAUGUAGUUCCUAUAGACCUGAUUCUGCUUUAUUUUCAGCCAGUAGGAGAUAAUCAAUGGCUGUUUACUAUGCUGUGAUUUGUUUGUAUGCUGAUUGGAUGAUGGAAUUGCUGCCGCUCCUUGAUUGGACAGUUGAGGCACUGACUGACACAGUUAUGACAGUCACUGUGAGAAGCCCCGCCCCCCCCUCACUGUUGUGGCAGUCUUUAUUUAUUACAGUUGAAAUGACCAGUUGGCAUUAAAGAAAAUACCACAAUAUACAUGCAUAUCAAA